AUGAAUAAACUUAGAAAUUUGGAUUUUUCUUCUUUAAGUAACAGUUUGGAAAAGUUAUUACUUCAUGAGAAUGAUUUCUUGAGUCAAAACAUAUCAUGUUUUAGCGGACUUACUAAUUUGUCUCAUUUGACUAUUAAUAAUGAUCUUAAUGUUGGAAGUAAGCUUUUUAAUCGUUUUUAUGGUUCUUUAAAAUCGUUUGAAAAUUUGACAAAACUGGAACGUUUCGAUAUUAGAAAUACUGAUAUUGAUUUUGGUUUAAUUUAUCUUCCUAAAAGUGUAAAGGAGUUUCGUUGUUCAUGCAAAGAAAGACCUGAAAGUAAAGUUAGGAAAAUUAUUAAGGAAAUAGAAACAGCAAAAUCUUUCGUUUAUGUUGAGGAAGGCGAUAUAGUAAGGGUUAAGACUCUAGACAUUGGCGGUAAAGGGUUUGGGGGUUAUUUAGAUUUGAAUGAUUUUGAAAAUUUGAAAAAAUUGUUCUGUGGUGGCAACCAAAUUACUGGACUUGAUGUUGAGAAGUGUAUCAAACUAGAAACUCUGAAGUGUGAGAAUAGUUCAAUUACUAAUUUGCAAUUACCUAACAAGAAAAAUAAUUUAAAAGAACUAGUGAUUAUUUACAAUAAGUUACCUGCUAGCAACUUAAAUUUUCUCAAAGAAUUUGUCAAUUUAGAAAGGCUCCACAUAAACAACAAUAGGUUCUACGGCUCCCUUAAAUACUUAAAAGAUUGUUGCAAACUUAAGCACUUAGAUAUUAGUGAUACCGAUAUAGACUCUGGAUUAGAGUAUUUGCCAGAAAGUAUUGAAAUUUUUCGUUGUCUAGCAUCUAAAGGCUCACAAUGUAAAGUAAAAGUUAUCUCUAGUUGUUUAAAUGAACCAUGA